GUAGCCUGUCUCUUUGAAAUCUCACGUAGUGUCGUUGCUCCACAAAUAUUCCGAUCAGAAAAUAACAUUACAGUUUAGACAUAAAUGCGCAAAUGCCUGUUGAAAUAACCUUGGAGACCUGUAUACGUGUGCACGCACAGACUACAGUACCCAGUUUAUUUUUCCCCCACUCCCCUCGCAUUCAGAUUUUUGCGCGUACGUAAUCAUCGAUAUUAUUCCAUUGGACAAUCAGGGGGAAUCCGUGGCUCCCAUUGGUCGAUCAGCAUGUCAGUCAAACCGCAUCUGUGACUCAUGUGAGCGUUCCCUUGUUGGAAACAGGGAUGAAAUGGACUAGCAACUGCAACAGCCUGGAAGGUCACAAUACCUCAGCUUAAGGUCUCUUGUGGUAGCAUGGCAGCAGCAUUCCUUGAUGGGAAGAAUGCAAACUCUCUCCUCAAACGUUUUCCACGUGCCAAUGGCUUUUUGGAGGAGUUUCGGCAGGGCAACAUUGAGAGGGAGUGUGCAGAGGAGAGCUGCAGCUUUGAGGAGGCCAAUGAAGUGUUUGAAAACAAGGAGCGUACGAGAGUUAUUGAUGAACAAGUGUUUUGGUGGCGUAUGGAGUUCUGGAAGAAACGCACCGUCUACACAGUAAACACCAAUGCUGAUUCGCGCUCAGAGCGGCCGGACACUGUCUACAUGGUAGUGCCGCUGCUGGGCGUCGCUCUUCUCAUUAUCAUCGCGCUCUUCCUCAUCUGGCGUUGUCAGCUGCAGAAGGCCACGCGACGGCGUCCGGCUUACACCCAGAAUCGCUACUUGGCAAACCGGAACACCCGCAGCCUUCCACGCAUCCUGGUGCACCGCGACCCACCCUCGCAUUCAGAGAACUCGCAUGCCAACGAGAGGCCUAGCGUAGUGGUCAGUGGUGCGGAGAGGGGUGGAGCUCCCGUCACGACCCAAGACGCCCAUCAUCACGCUAACCACACCCCGAACAAUCGCUCGCUGUACGUACAAGAUUCAUCUUUGUCCGUCGCAUCCCACUUGUCUGGGGCCACCCCACCACCUUCCUACGAGGAAGUUACCGGCCACCUAGAGAGCAGCAGCGACGAGACGUCCGCCCCCUACAGCGAUCCUCCGCCUAAAUACGAGGAGAUUGUUUUAGAAAAGUGAAAGGAUAGGGACACAUGUGUCGCCACCAAACGUAAGGGAACAUUUGCACUAGUUCCCAAGCACUUAUCCUAAUGUGGAUCUCACUCGGAGCAAAGCGUGCCAGUUUUCCGAGUCAUAAGCAGUUGCCUUGUGUUGUCGGUCGGUACUGCACUGGUAAACAUGGUCGUUUUAGAUUCAAUCACAUCCUUAAAGUCGCAUCUUCUUCUUUUUUAUGCAAGGUGUCCUUUUUCGCACAAUAUCUUCAUUCCAUGCACCUUUUACUUCUCUUUUUUAAGCUUUCACAGCACAAUGCAUGAUUCUCAGCUGCUACCUUUGAGAAAGAUAUAAAAGGGUCGGGAAAAGUUUCGGGUAUAAUAAUCGGGUAUCAAGCUUCAGAAUCUGCUAGCCAAAAAUGUGGGAAAACAGGUCGAUGUGCCAAAUCGAAAACUGGUAUAUCCUAUGAAUGAUCAGACGCGAUGUGAGACACUGUGGACGUUCAUCAGACUGAUAUCAAUGUGUGGCCUGUCCGACUCCUUUUCACAUCAUUUACAGGCAUUGUUUUAUCAUUUCUUCAGCAACACAGAAAUGUAAACCCUGUGAAUUCUUAUACCAGCAGUAUCUCUGAUUCCUUAGGAUUAGUAAUACACUAUCGUGUAGAUUGUAACUAACUCUGAGUAGAAACAACUAUCCGAAUCACACGACAGCAAGACCAUCUGAUAUUGUUUGCACUCUUAUGUAUGCACAAGCGUUUGCUUGUUUACAGACACGUACACAGAAAUUGUAUUAGAAUGUAAUGCGCUCAUAUAUAUCAAGCACAGAGGAUCACCUCUGAAAACAAACUCAUCGUAGGCCUUAGCUAAUGUACAAAUCAAUGGUCUGCUUGUGAAUCUACGGUUAGUUACCUCAAAUGCUGUGCUCACACAAUCACUCUUUCCCAAAACACAAAUGCACAAAAACCCGCGUCGAGGGCCCAAUCACGGAUAAUACGACAUUCCAGGCCUUCCGAUUCCUGUUGUUUUUUCCUCCCCCUUAUUCUCAGACUGUUUACAAGUGCUUAAGUUUGUAUAAAGUCUUGACAUCACUGGGUGCUAUACUGUGCUAUAAUGCUGCUUGUUCUCACUUUGUUUUAGCCUUCACUGUCUCUUCAUGUACGUGUGUGUAUCUCUGACAUCUGGCUUGUGCGCAAACCAAACUGCCCAUCUAUAAAAUGCGGCUGAAUCAUGUUUUCCAGCUCAGGUUUAAGCCAAUGAACUGCUGCCGUUGCAGUAAACGUGUAAAUAAUCUCUCACACUGCCAACUUUCGAGUGACUGGGAUAUGUUAAAAGAGCGGUGUUGUCAUUAGACAAUGUUGUGCAUCACAUGCAAGAUCGACGUAUAAAAGUAUGCGUGUAAAAGUAUUGGCAAGCAAGUCUGAUGGAGCCUUAAUAUAACCACUGUAUUACAAAUGCUAAUGCUAAUGCUAAAAGACCUUAAAGGAAUAGUUCUCCUAAAAAUGAAAAUUCCGUCAUCAUUUACACAUCCUCGUGUUUUUUUUAAACCUGUAUGAGUUUUUUUAUUUUGAUGAACACAAAAGAAGAUAUUUUGAUAAAUGAUGGUAAGCACUAACCUGAUUGUAACCACCAGUGUUGUGGGUAACGCAUUAGUAACGUGCAUAAUAUUACUUUUCUGAAGUAACGAGUAAAGUAACGCAUUACUUUUUAAAUGUACACAUUAAUAUUUGAGUUGCUUUUUCAAAAACGUAAUGCAAGUUAGUUUUUUUGUUUAAUUAAUUAGAUUAUUAACCCUUCUGGGUUGUUCAAAUUCACUACCCUUUCGGGUUGUUCGUGUACAAAAACGGCCACUAAAUUAAACGGCGGUAAAAAUGUACCAGAUAAUUUUUAAAUCUGUUAAUCAAUCUCAGUAUUGAUCAAAACUACCAAAUGUUUACAAAAUUUCCAUGAUUUUAACUCUUUAAUUGCCAAGUUCAUAAGUGGUGUCACUGAUUUAGGGAAAAAACACACAUAUUGAUCGUUUUUCAAUAUAAAAAGUGAUUGUGGACUGGAUUUUUUUUUAGUUUUUCACAGUCUAGAGCUUGUCAAAGAUUGGUAAAAACAUUGGCUCUGAUGCAUUUUUGUGCAGCAUCAGUUUUUAUUUUUUUCUCCCUAAUUAGUUGUUCGUGGCUUUUUUUGCCCCAUUGACUUCCAUUAUAAUGACAUUUUUUGAUUGCAAAGCAAUAACAGCUUAUUAUCAUGCAUUCCUGAUUGUUAGCUGGUUUUCCUUUUGCUAAGAAGUCAAAUUUAUCAUUUUUACUGUUGAUCACCAUGUGACACCAUUAACCCUUUAGUAGGCCUGUGGAAAAAACAGAGCUUAAUUUCUGGCUUGUACAUUGAGUUAUAUGGAGUAUAACAGCAUCAGUGACACCACUUAUGAACUUGGCAAUUAAACAGUUAAAAUCAUGGAAAUUUUGUAAGCUUUUGGUAGUUUUGAUCAGUAUCAAUACAUUUUUACAGCCGUUUAAUUUAGUGGCUUUUUGUAUACGAACAACCCGAAGGGGUAGUAAAUUUGCCCACGGUAUAUCGUUGAGUUUUUGAAAAAUAAAAGAUAAACAGAGAAAGUCGUGGCCAAUUUAAGACAUAAAAAAAACCAAAAAUGGCCUCAACAACCCAUAAGGGUUAAACUAAACGUGGUCACAUUAUGCACUCUAUGCGAGUAUGCGUACAUGCUUGUGUGGGAACAGUUUGAGUCAGAAACUGAGAUGGCAGGCCAGAGCUCAACAUUUUUGUGAUGAAAUAUGCAAUUUACGAAUGCAGAACUUUUCAGUCAUAAAAAACACCUGCAAGGCCUGAAAGAGAUCAAGCCUUAGCCAAGAAAAAGUAAUGCAAAAGUAACAAAAAAAGUAACAUAAGCAUUACUUUCCAUGUAAAGGAACUAUACUUUUUUUGGGAGUAACUUAAUAUCGUAAUGCAUUACUUUUAAAAGUAACUUUCCCAACACUGGUAACCAUUGACUUUCAUAGUAGGAAAACAAAUAUUAUGGAAGUAUUGUGAUAAAUGAUGAAGAAGACAUUUUGAUAGAUGAUGGUAAGCAGACAGUUGACAGUACCCAUUGAAUUCCAUUGUAUUUCUUUUUCCUACUAUGGAAGUCAAUCUGUGCUUACCAUCAUUAAUCAAAAUAUCUUCUUUUGUGUUCAUCAGAAUAAUGAAAUUCAUACAUGAGGAAGACAGAAUUUUAAUUUGUUAGGUAAACUAUCCCUUUAACAUAACCAAACAAUCAGAGGGCUGAAUGGAUUAAAUGCAGCACAGUGACCUUGCAUAUGCUCGAAGAUGUUUGAAGAUGGGAUAGCUAUGUACACAAACUGCUGAUUCGACUUGGAUUGUGUCUUUGGUUAUGUCCCCCGAUCAAUCCCACAGUGCUUUGACAGGCUGUCUGUCGCACUGAUGGAGCACCCAGCCCGGGAGUGGCUGGCAGAAACUGCAGAUCAGGUUCAGGCUUGGUUGUGGAGAGACUGACAGCCAAGACAACUCGCCACAGAUCUGCAGUGGAUGAUGAGUAUUGAGAAGUGUCACAAAACAGGUUUUGUGUUGUCAGAGGUAGCAAGGUCUGUGUGGUUUAUUGUAUACUGAAAGAAAAAUUGUACGUAUGAACAAAUGUGGGAAUAAGUAUGUGUAUAUAUAUAUAUAUAAAUGUAUGUGUUCACAUGCCUGUUGCCAGCAGCACCUACCUGUAUGAAGAAAGUGCCAGUGGAGCCACGGGCUUUGGUUUAUAUGCUAAAUAUAUGUGUACUGAAUACCAAAACCAUUGUUUUUUUUCAAAGCCAAACUGCAUGAUUUUUAAUCAUUCAUUCUUUUUUACAUUUUAUUUUUUAUUAAUUUAUUACUGUAGCACUGGUAAAUUCAAUGGCUAUUUUUCAUUUUAGACACAUAACAACUAUUGUAAUUCAUAACUAUAUAUAACACAAUUGUACUUUUGUGUAUGUACUGUAACAGAUGUCUUUUCCCAAAUUAUAGGUAUCAUGCCAGUUUCUAUUCCAAGUUAAAGGUAUUGCGGAGGAUUUUCUUUUUCCAGGUGGAUCAUCAAGACUAUUGGUCCUCCUAGUUGUCAAUCAGGAGUGUUGCGCAAUUGCAUUUUGUAAAAAAGUGGAGAAGGUGAUUCUUUUCUAAAAUUCGAGAAAAUUCUCCGCUACACCUUUAAUAUAAUAUAUACCCAUUUUGUUUGAAUAUACCUACAUUUGGAUAUGUGACACAUACAAGUUAAUAGUAAACUGAUGCAUUAACUUUUAUUUUUUACAUUUUUUUUUUCAUGUUAUUGCUCAUAAAAGUUUAACAAAUAUUUGUGUGCUUUGUGUCAAACGCAGGUUUGAAUGCUUUUUUAAGUACUUUAUGAGGUUUAGUUUGUAUUGAUUAAGACCACUGAGUUUAAAAACAUUUUACGGUAAAAUAGUUUUUGGAGUCUUCCGUAACAAAUCUGUCUAUUCAUCUGGAUCUUAACAGAGCUUGUAUUCAUGUAUUCUCUCAUUAUUAGUUAAAAAUUGUAUGAUUAUUGUAAUUUUUCAUCAAGUCUGUAUUCACAAUAACAGUUUUGCAUUUGAUUCUUGUGAAAACAGGUCACAUAUGUUUGAUAAUCUUUAGAAAUAUGAAUUUAUUUUGUUUUAUAGCCAUUAUAUCUUUAUUAUUGAUAACAUUUGAAGAGAUAAAACAACCUUUUACAGGUUUAAAUUCAACUACAGUAUGUUAUUUCUUAUCAUUUGUCCCAGCUGAAGAAUGAAAUGAGUGAGAGGGCACAUUACAUUUUUUAAUGUUGGAAAAAACGUCGUCCACUUAAAGAUUGAGCCUGUACACAAACUCCUUGGCUAUGGUAUUAAGGUAGCUCACUACUCGCAAAAUAAUAUAUUUUUACUACACACAUAGUAAACAUUUUUGUUACCAUGAAUCAAGGUUACCAUAGUUUUGCAUUUUACAUUUGGUUUUGAUUUUUUUUUUUUUUUAUCAUACCGCUGACCUUACUGAGCUGCGUUACAUUAUAAUUACAAAUUACAAAAUAAGAGCAUAAACUCAACGUUGAACAAAUUAUAAAAAGAGAAAGAAUAAAAAACUAUACACGAGGCUUACGUAAAUUAACUUAUAUUAAUCAAAAAGUAAAAUAAAUUUAAGGGCUUUCUUAUUAUAAACACAUUUAAGGAUUUGUAUAUAAGUUUAACCUUAUUUAACCACUGAUUAAAGUUGGCCUUUGUACCAUGUACAUUUAUGAAAAAAACUUUGCAAGACAAAUCAAGAAAUUGACAACCAAAUGUAAAUUCUUGUUUUCCAAAAGGAUACCAAAUUUGAUUAUCUGUACGGGGAGGGGUGGGAGAGUAUAAUCUCUUUGGCCUGUAACCAACUCUGCACAUCUCUCCAAGUAAAAAUAAACUGAGGGGGCACAAUUCAGAUCGGACAAUGCCCCCUCGUGGCCUGUCUUUAGCCCAUUUCCAUACCUCCUCUUUACACUUUUAAUUUAAUGUUUCAAGUGCCAAUUUCCGUUUGUAAAGGCUGAUGUUCUUGGCAAAAUAAAUCUAUUAAAGAAAGAAGUUCA